GCGCGGAGGACGGCAAUGGAGGCAGCUGGGCUCGCCGAUGGCAGAGAUAAGAACGCACAGGAAAUGUGGAGGGAGCAAAUUGGAGAUGGAGAUGAAGGAGAUAACCAUAAGAAGACUCAGUGUACCGUGAAGGCGUUGCCUACGUGGAAAGAAGUGGUGGAGGCAUCGGUGGAUGGAGUGUUGGGUGGAUUUGGGCAAGUAAAUGAGGCAGAUAUUAAGGUAGUGAGGUUUUUCUCAAUACCUUUGCAUGAAAGAUUCGAGGGCGGUGGAAGAAAUCAGCAUCUUGUUGCUCUUGAUUGUGGUUCCGGCAUAGGGAGAAUAACCAAGAAUCUUCUCAUAAGAUAUUUUAAUGAGCAAAAUUGGGCGGUGCCUUUUAAAAAAUUCACGCAGGACAUGAGGAGGGUACUCGUUAAUUUUGAGCUUGCACAGCCUGCAACAAAUCUUCAAUCAUACCCUUCAACUCAACCAAUUCUGUUUGCUGGUCUUGAUUUCUUUUCCACGUCCGCUAACAAGCCCUCUACCACGAUUAGCCAUGUUUCACUGAGCUAUCACUUGUUUGCAGGAUUUGUUUUGGAUAAAGAAGACCGAAGCAUCACCAGAUCUGAUUUAUACUUCAAGGACCUAUUUCAUCAGUGUGGAUUGCACCUGUAUAAAAUAAAGGACCAGAAAGGACUCCCUGAGGAAUUGUUUGCUGUAAAGAUGUAUGCUUUAACAACUGAAGGGCCAAAGAAGGUACUUAAGACAAGAUCCAAGGCACAAGCCAACAGACCUGGGAUCAUCAAAUGAUUCGUUGCCUCUAACUUCUGGCAUUGUUGUAGGAGUACUCAAACUUUCUGCUGUAGGAUGUGAUUGUAUCUUCCUCCUAUGUAAUUUAUUAGUGUAUUACCUCAAAUUGUUUUUACUUUACAAGCUCCUUGUGGACAAAUUUUGUUCCUUUUCGUUUGACGCUGUAUAUUAAUCCCUGGUAUACCUUUGAGUUGAAUGACCAUAUAUUUGUCUACUGUUGAUGGGAAGAAUCCUUAUAAGUUGCAGUUAUAAAGUCAUUUGUUCAUGUUA